GCAGACACAUGUAGCAUAGAUCAACCAUCAGCGUUUCACCGGCUCACCGCACCUACCUUCUCCCACCGCGCGACGGCUCAGACAUGCUUGGUGUGUCAGUGGAACACAGCACGGCGUACAGCACCAGCACUAGCACAAGCAGAUUACCGUACCGACUGAAAGGCGAAGCAGAGAAGCCUCCGCAACACCAUGCCUCGCCAGUCUUCUGCCAACAACGCUCCCGCAGCCACCACGGCUUCCUCCUCCCACAUGCAGCCCCCCACGCCAGCCGGCUACAUGAUACAGAAACGCCAGGCCGCUUCCUCCUCGUCGGCAGCGGCCGCGCCCUAUGCACAUCUGCAGCACCCUCCGCCCUCGGCACAGGAUCUGACCCUCUUCACAUCCCUCGCCGCCUAUGCUGACGCACUCGAUGCUCUGCCCCUCGACCUAACACGCAGCUUCUCCGAUCUCCGAGAGCUGGAUGCUGUACUAGGAGCACACAUCUCUUCUCUUACCGCAAGACUCGCCUACCUCACAUCCCUCAUAGAAGACCCAAACAUUACCCCCGGCGAGCGUCUCGUCGCACUCAAAGAAGUCGCAGAAGAGGCCAGAGCAUACAAAAUGGGAGGCGAAGACAAGAUCCGCGUAGCAGUCAACACAGCAGAGAUCAUAGUGUCCCACACAGAUUACAUCGACUCGCUCCUCGACAACCUCAACUCGGUUCACUCCCUGUCGCCAUACCUGGACCCAGUGGCAUAUCUACGCGGAAAAGGCAUCAUCCCAAGCACUUUGAAUCCCGAUGGGCUCGUCACUGCGCUCGGCGGAACUUCUAGCUACCGCGGAGGUGGCGUGGCAGGCGGUUCCGGUGCUGGCAGCAUGUCCGGCUACUACAAUGGAGCAGCAUCAGAGUCUCUCACAGCAGUAAAUAGCGGGAAGAAGAGCCGCAAGACCGCGUCUGGAGCGACUGUCGCUGGUGGUGGAUCUGCAGUAGCACAGGGUGGGGCCUCGGCUAGCGACAGAAGGUCCUAUCAGAGCGCCGCUACCGCUCGCGAUGUCUCGCUCUCUGCGGCCGUGCCUGCGUUGAGUGCAAGCGCAGGCACAUCCGUGGCGAGCAAGAAACGAAAAGCACCAGGCGGAGCUGCAUCGUCUUCCUCCGCCGCUAAAACCGCUCGUGCUGAUCAAGAUGAUGCUGUCCUGCGAACCGACAAGCGCAUGGCAAAAUCGAACAGCAGAACCGCCCACUCUUCUGGUGUCCGGUCAGCAGAGUACGGCGAUGCGCUGGAUCACCAGGACGGAGUUUCCGCUGCUGCUUCCCGCCUGUCCGGACGGGGUCGCAAUGCACGCGCUUCGUCCAAACUCGACACGACCGAGGAUGAGGGGGAAGGGAAUGGCCAUGCGAUGCCUUUGGGCGGCUACGGCAACGAGGUCGCGACAUUCAGUCGACGCGGGAGCCGUCCACCUGCUGCUGGCUCGUCAGGUGGCGGUGUUGGUUUGCCUGGUGCUAGUGCCUCGGAUGGACUGCUCGACGGUUUACCGCGCGGCCAUCGCAUUUCAGCCGGAGGUCCAACCGGGCCGGACGGGCUGCUGCCUCCUGUAGGCGGUCACACCGACGGCAGUACCGUGCCGCCGCCCGGCUUUGUGCCCGAGGAACGGCGGUACUGCUACUGCAACCAGUUCAGCUUUGGCGAGAUGAUCGGAUGCGACGACGAUGAUUGCGAACGGGAAUGGUUUCACAUCGAUUGCGUCGGCUUGGAGAAGCCUCCGUCGGGAACGUGGUACUGCGAAGAGUGCUCGCAGCGGAGGCAACGGAAAGCCAAGAAAGGGAAGAACGGGACCGGCGGCUCGGGCCGCUCCGGGCGCAAAUGACCUCAUCCUUCAACGUUGUACCCCCGCAUGCAUUGCAUCACAACUUAUUCGUUUUCUUCCCAUAGCCC